CUCCAGACGCGGAAGCGAAUCGCAGCUGUCAAACAGAUUUGAUUGUAAAUCGGACUCAGCGCUACUCUAACGGGAAAACAUCACUUAGCUGUGCUUCAAAAUGGAUUCCCCACGUUGGCUGCCUCUUGAGUCAAACCCAGAAGUCAUGACUAAAUUUGUUAGCUGUCUGGGUAUGAAGCCAACCUGGCAGUUUGGGGAUGUGUAUGGAUUGGAUCCGGAGCUUCUUAGCAUGGUACCAAGACCAGUGUGUGCGGUGCUACUCCUCUUUCCAGUGACAGAGAAGUAUGAGGCAUUUAAACAAGAAGAGGAGGAGAAGCUCAAAGAUCAGCCUCAGGUUUCUCCAGACGUCUACUUCAUUAAGCAAACUAUUGGAAACGCUUGUGGAACAAUAGGAUUAAUUCACGCUGUGGCAAACAACCAGGCACAUCUGGAAUUUGAACCUGAUUCUCCUCUUAAGAAAUUUCUUGAACAAACAUCUAAAAUGACCCCGGAGGAAAGGGCAACCUUCCUGGAAAAAGACGAGAGUAUACGUGUUACACAUGAAUCCAGUGCGCAGGAAGGACAGACUGAGGCCCCAAGUUUAGACGAGAAAGUGAAUCUGCAUUUUAUAGCUUUUGUGAAUGUUGGAGGGCACUUAUAUGAACUGGAUGGCCGUAAGCCUUUCCCUAUUGCCCAUGGAAAAACCUCAGAGGAUACUUUCCUUGAGGAUGCUAUAGAGGUUUGCAAAGUCUUUAUGGCUCGCGACCCUCAGGAGGUUCGUUUCACCAUCAUUGCCCUCUCCAAAGAUUCAUACUGAGGAAACUACUCUGUUUUUCUCUGACCCUAGAAAACAAAGACAACAUUACUGCCAAACAUUCUGAAGUGCUGACUUUAUUUAAUUUUUCUUUCAAAAUGCUAUAGAAAGUCGAUGUGUGAAGAAAAUAAAAUGUCAGGGAUAUCCUUGUAAAGUAAUUUCCCCUUGUGUUCUACAUAGUUGUUAAAUUAAUUCUAAAGCAAACAGAGUGCUGCUUGUCAAUAAAGGUAUUUCUCACUGAGAUCUGAAUUUUCCAGCUCGCCUCUGCUGACAUCUCUAAAUGUCAUACAGGUAUUAGCUGUAUGGUCUCGACAUUGCACUACGGUUUGUUUACUUAAUUUUUGGCCUUUUAGUGAAGAAGGAAAUGUUAAAAAUUUCUACAUCACUGAGGAAAGUUUUUUACUCAGACUUCAAUGACACAUACUGUAUGUAGUGAUUUGUUUUAAAUGAGAUGUCUAAUCACAUGCUCAACACAAGCUGAAGAAACACAUUUGCAAGCUAUUUCAUUCAUAGCUUUGAGGGGGGAAAAUAGGCCUAAUGUUGUUGGAUGCAGUAAUGAUGUUGAAGUGAGGCUCACUAAACACGCAGACUAUACAGCUGUAAAUCUGUGGAAGAUGCCUAGAUUUUUGUAAUAAGAAAUAUGUCAAAUAAAUGAAAAAUUUAUUAA